AUGGCUCGUUGGCAGCUCGUGCUGCUGUUUGGCCUUGUCCUUUCAGCCUCUCUGCACCGCGUGGCUUCAGAGGAGGCCGCUGAUGCCGACGUCGACGUCGAGGACGCUCCGGCCUCCGGGGAGGCCGAGGACGAGGACUAUGCGGACACGGAGCGGGCCCACUUGAUCGUGCGCAAGUGGUUCAAGGAGGACCAGGCCGUGCAGGGCCGCAACUUGACCGUUAACCUGGAGGUCUACAACGCCGGAAACGCGGCUGCCUCUGACGUGAAGCUUACCGACUCCAAGGCCCCCGAGGGCUUCACGAUCGCCGAUGGCCUCACUGACGCGUCCUUUGCCAAGAUCGAUGUCGGCAGCAAGGUGCAGCAUUCGUACGUCCUCAGCGUCGCGACCGCCACGGACAUGCAGGCGUUCGAGCCGGCCAGGGUGUCCUACGCCGCUGACGCUGACGGCGAGCAGCAGUUGACCGUGUCCACCGUGGCGUACGUUGAGGUGCUCACACCCACGCAGCAGCUGCAGAACCACCUCCUCACUGGGGGCAAGUACGUGUCCCUUGGCAUGCUGCGCACCGGCCGCGACUGGAUCACCGCCUCUGCCCUCCUGGCCGUGCUCGCCGCGCUGCUGGGCGGCAACAGCGCCUACAAGAGCGUCACCACCGCGCGCACCAACGUGCGGCGGAAGAAGGCGCUCGCCUCCCUGGAGAAGGACGAGUGA